AUGAACCACGUACCUUUUGCCUCCCCACCCUCGCCUACCUCUUCUCGUUCGAGUCUCUCGACUACGCCACCCAACUUGGCUUCUUCUCCCAUGCGUACAACGGAUACGUUGUCUUCCCCCCCUUCUCCCAAACGCUUCGACAAGCUCGAUAAAUGGACCAUGGGACACGUUAGGGCUUUGGAAGAUCGGAUGAACGAGGUUGAGAGGUGGAUCUCCAUCAGCACCCAGCACGCCUAUCUACCAUCUCAGGAAGACUUCGAAGAGGAAAGAGUCGGGCACGAGGUUACCUUGCCCCACGGGAGAUUAUUCUUCUGCGCCAGACACGCUCUCCCCUGUAAUUCUCCACCUUCGUCGAUUAGUUCCGCUAUGAAGGCCUUUGUCUACGGCCAUUUCGGGGUUACCCCUCCAUUUAUCCUCAGGACUGGGUAUACUACCAGGUGCUUCGUACUCCACCACCUCUCUUUCCUCACUGGCUUCCGGUACGGGUCGGCUGCCGUCCCCGCCUGCUCAACCCAAGUUCGCUCCUGCCUCUGCUUCUACCAACCGAACGGCCAGCCCAACACCCACACCUGCAAAAGGACGAACAGCACAGCAAGGAUUAUCACCCCCGAAAUCGGCUGCUGGGAAAAGAUUGACGAGUGCACACCACGGUCCUACUCCCGUGUGAUUGGGGGGUCAUUUUCCGUUUCUCCCGUGGGGGACGAUGACGAUGACAAGAAGGAGGAGGAAAGCGCAGGCGAGUUCAGAGAAGGUGAAGAGACCAUCGGCAAAUCUUCCGGCAUCAAGCUCAAGAACGCGAAUGGGAGUCUGUCUUCCACCACCUCAAACUCGAUAUCGCCUGGUGGACCUGGGGGCGGCGAUUACAAAUUCACAGCCACUACCUCACCAUCGCCAUCCACUCGUCGGAUCAGGGCACAGAACUUCAUCACAGACUCUUACCAUGGGGACCACUGCACCACUAAAGCCGAAGUUGAGGUCCCGCUCUUCUGA